UGCUGAGGGGUUCAGAGUGUAAAGGUUGCUACUACAGGAAUGAAUAUGGCGGCCGGCGAGCUGAGGUGUUGGCAGUAGAUUAAAUGUCUAGUUUCGAAGUAGAUUAGUGCACGCCCACCUUAACUACUCUUGGGAUGCGGCACUUUAUACAUUUGUGGCAAUAAUCAAGUUUCGAGAUUCUGUUGAGAAGGUCUGUGUAAUGGCGCUUGUGUACGAGUUUGUAUGGCGGGUUCUGCACGUCCUUCUCCACAUACAUAGAACGCUCAUCACCUGGUUCCGAAUCCGCCUUCGGAACUGGAACGGUCGGUUAUGGAAGCGAGCUCUGGCUACGCUCCUUGUACCCAUCACCCUUGGUUUUCCUGACCACCACAAGAAGAUGGGCCCCGCUACCGGUAAACGCUCCGGCCGUCGGUAUCGCUGGGGGGCAGACGGUAAAUCUCUGGAAAAACUCCCUCUUCACUUGGGAUUAUUGAUUACCGAGGAGGAACCAAGCCACACGGACAUCGCCAACCUGGUCGUGUGGUGCAUGGCCGUCGGUAUAUCCUAUGUCAGUGUGUACGAUAAUCAAGGUGUACUCCGGAGAAACAACUCCCGGCUCCAAGAGGAGAUCUUUAGGCAACAACAGGACCUCCUGGGUCCAGAAGGUUCCAAGCUCUCCGUCGAGUUCCUCAGCAACGGAACUGACAAGCAAGACUACCAAGUGCUGCGGGGCCAGCCCGUGGUGCGAGUGCUGUCUGCGGAGGACGGGAAGCAGAGCAUCGUGCAGGCGGCCCUGCAGCUGUGUAGAGAGGUGGAGCAACAGCAGAGGAGCUCCUCUGACAUCAGCGUCUCCCUGCUGGACUCAUUACUGAGAGAGUCUACGAACAUUCCGGACCCAGACCUGGUUCUGAAAUUUGGCCCCGUGGAGAGCACCCUAGGCUUUCUCCCCUGGCAGAUUCGACUCACUGAGUUCAUUUCCUUCCCCUCCCACCUAGACAUGUCAUACGAGGACCUUUUUGGGGCUCUGCAGCGAUUCGCCACCUGUGAACAGCGAGUGGGAAAGUGAGGCGAAGCGCUGCCCCACCCCCCCCCCAUGGAGAGGGAGGAAGUUGGGACAGACAGGACGGGGCUGACCCCCCCCCCC